GAUGGACUCAAACAAGGACGAAGCAGAGCGAUGCAUUAAAAUAGCCUUAAAUGCGAUCAGUAACAACCAGCCAGAUAAAGCCAGGAAGUUCCUGGAGAAGGCCCAGCGACUGUUUCCGACAGAUCAGGCUAAAAGCUUGUUGGAUUCGUUAGUCCAGAAUGGAAAGCCUCCAGACGAGAACGGUCGUCCCGUGAACGGAGAGGCCCCCACUAUGAGGCACCGCAGCAAAGGAGAGGAGGCUAACGUGGGGGCCACAGACUCAGCCAAGCCGUACACAGCAGAUCAGCUGGAUGCCGUGAAGAAGAUUAAGAGCUGUAAAGAUUACUACCAAAUUCUAGGAGUUGAAAAGACGGCCUCUGAGGAGGAUCUUAAAAAGGCUUAUAGAAAGCUCGCUCUAAAGUUUCACCCAGAUAAAAACCACGCACCUGGCGCCACAGAGGCAUUUAAAGCUAUUGGUAAUGCCUACGCCAUACUGAGCAAUGCUGAGAAAAGACGACAGUAUGACCAGUAUGGAGAGGAGAGAUCACAUCCAACCAGACACAGACACCAACGUGAUUUUGAAGCUGACAUUUCACCUGAAGACCUCUUCAAUAUGUUCUUUGGUGGUGGCUUCCCAUCAAGUAAUGUACAUGUUUACAGAAAUGGAAUGCACUUUGCACAUCAUAAUAGACAAGAAAGACGAGAACAACAGAGAGAUGGAGGUCUGGCUCUGUUUGUCCAGCUGAUGCCCAUCUUAAUCCUCAUCAUUGUCUCCGCUCUUAGCCAGAUGAUGGUGACCCAGCCUCCCUACAGCCUUAGCUACCGCCCGUCUGCUGGACAUAUUCACAAAAGGCAUACAUCAAACUUAAAGGUGCCUUUCUACGUGACUGAGCGUUUUAAUGAAGAAUAUUCUGGGAAUGGUCUAAAGGCGGUUGAGAGAAGUGUAGAAGAAGACUAUAUCUCCAACCUCCGAAACAACUGUUGGAAGGAGAAGCAGCAGAAAGAAGGACUACUGUAUCGUGCCCGUUACUUUGGAGAUUCUGACCUGUACCAAAGGGCACAGAGAAUGGGGACACCAAGCUGUUCCAGAUUAUCUGAGAUUCAGGUUAUACUGGAUGGAUAGAAACUUGGAUUCACCGGUACUUGAAUCUAAUUUGAAGAAACUGGUCGGAGCCCAUCCAAAUUAGAGCAUAUUUCUGCAGCAAACCAAGAAAAUUAAAAUUGCCUUAUGUGCAGUGGGCAGCAGACCUUAUCAGGGAACCUAUCUGCAACUUGUAGAGGUGUAGAUUGACUUCCUGUAGAGCUGCAAAAUGCUUUGAGUUGAUUGCUGAUAUUUUCCUUAAACUAGUGUCUUCAAGGAAGUGAGCGUAUCCACUGUGAUGCCAAGUGGAUACUAGGAGAAUAGUUGUCUUUUUGAAAGGUUAACAAAGCUGCUGAGAUUUAUUUUCUCUGUCCCAAUCAUUUAGUUUCCUUUUAACAUUUUGAGAAACCUCAUGGCCUUCUCAUAGACAGAUGUCUGAGCCACCCACAGGGAAAGUGUGUAAUUUUUAUAGUUCUUACCAAUGUAAAUAUUCAUUUUACUUUUAACAGUGCAGGGUUUAUUGAAGUUAAUAUAAUGUACAAUAUGUUAUGUGGAUUUGCUUGUAGCCUGUUGGGUCAUGAGUAUUGAAGAUCAUUGCACAAAUAAAAGUAAACCAUAUUUAUUAAAUUAACACGCUAAAAUUGUAUACAGGUUUCUUUGAAAUAAAUUUGUCCAAUGAU